UUUCGCUGACAAAAUAACAGUUCUCCUGCUGCUUUCGUUGUGUAAAGUAAAAAGUGUAAUUUCAUACAGAACAACCAUGACCAACACGGAUCUGAAAGCCCUUGAGCUUCUGUUCCAACGUCCCCUGGAACCGGCUUUCACCACCCGUGACUCGGGUAAAACUGUUCUUGAACUACCUGAUAGCUUCUAUACGGAUCGCUAUCGCAAUGACACCGAGGAGGUGGGCAAUCGUUUUUCCAAGGAUGUGGAUGUGAAGAUUCCGAUUCAGGAACUGGCCAAUGUUCCCAAUCUAGACUUCACCAAGAAGAUUGGAUUAAAGAACCAAUUUUCUCUGUUCAACAAUCGCCAUCGGGAGAUCGCCAGCGAGUUGAUUACGCUCUUUAUGGGUGCCCCCAAUCUCAGGCAGUUUGUGUCCCUCUCCGUUUACACCAAGGAUCGUGUGAAUCCUGUGCUGUUCCAGUACGCCUAUGCCGUGGCUGUGGCCCAUCGCCCGGAUACCCAUGAAGUGCCCAUCACCAACAUCUCCCAGGUCUUUCCCAGCAACUUUGUGGAGCCCUCAGUCUUUCGGGAUGCCCGUCAGGAGGCCUCUGUUAUUGGACAAAGUGGAGACCGUGUAAAUGUGGACAUUCCCCGCAACUACACUGCCUCGGAUCGCGAGGAUGAACAGCGCCUGGCUUACUUCCGUGAGGAUAUCGGUGUGAACAGUCACCAUUGGCACUGGCACUUGGUCUACCCCACCACUGGACCCCGCGAGGUGGUCAACAAGGAUCGUCGUGGUGAACUCUUCUACUACAUGCACCACCAGAUCCUGGCCCGCUACAAUGUGGAGAGAUUCUGCAACAACCUGAAGAGGGUGCAGCCAUUGAACAACUUGAGGGUGGAGAUCCCAGAAGGUUACUUCCCCAAGAUCCUGUCCAGCACUAAUAACCGCACCUAUCCUGCCCGAGUGACCAACCAACUUUUGAGGGAUAUCGACCGUGGGGAUGCCAAUAUUGAGAUCUCUGAUGUGGAGCGCUGGAGGGAUCGCGUGCUGGCUGCCAUUGAUCAAGGAUAUGUUGAAGAUCCCUCUGGCAAUCGUACACCAUUGGACGAUGUUCGUGGCAUCGACAUCUUGGGCAACAUGAUUGAAGCUACCCCAGUUCUGUCCAUCAACUACAACUUCUAUGGCAAUCUGCAUAACGAAGGUCAUAACAUAAUCUCCUAUUGCCAUGAUCCCGAUUAUAGGCAUUUGGAAGAUUUCGGUGUAAUGGGUGAUGUGACCACGGCUAUGAGGGAUCCCAUAUUCUACAGGUGGCAUGGAUUUAUCGAUGGCGUCUUUAACAAGUUCAAGGCCCACUUGGACCCCUACAAUGCCGCUCAGCUGAGCUUCGAUGGUGUCACUGUUGACUAUAUUGAAGCCAAGAUUGGCAAGUCCAAUACCACGGCUAACACCCUUUUGACCUAUUGGCAAAAGUCAAGUGCUGAUUUGGCAGCUGGUCUGGACUUUGGUCCAUCAGCUGAUGGAAAUAUCUUUGCCUCAUUCACCCAUCUGCAGAAUGCUCCCUUCACCUAUACCUUCAAUGUGACCAAUGCUGGAGCUAGGCGGACUGGUACUUGCCGCAUCUUCAUCUGCCCCAAGGUGGAUGAGCGCAACUUGCCACUGCGAUUGGAAGAGCAGCGACUAAUGGCCAUCGAAAUGGACAAGUUUACAGUGGACUUGAUGCCUGGUGAGAACACCAUCCGACGCCAGUCAACGGAGUCCUCGGUGGCCAUUCCCUUCGAGCGUUCGUUCCGACCAGUUGGAGCCGACUAUCAGCCCAAGGCCGCCGAUGAGUUGGCCCGAUUCCGCUUCUGCGGAUGUGGAUGGCCACAGCAUCUCCUCUUGCCCAAGGGCAAUGCCCAGGGAAUGCUCUUCGACCUGUUCGUCAUGAUUUCCGACUAUUCGCAGGACUCUGUGGAGCAGCCCAAAACAGCCAAUGAUGCCUGCAGCACGGCUUACUCGUUCUGUGGUCUGAAGGACAAAUUGUAUCCUGACAGGCGCACCAUGGGCUAUCCGUUCGACAGGCGGCUGCCCAAUGCCAAUCUAACCGAAUUGGUAGGUGCCUUUAGCAACAUGGCCAAAACCGAUUUGAGGAUUGUCUUCAACGAUCGCGUAAUUGACAAGGCUUAGGUUUUGAUUGAUUGAUGAAAACAUUUUAACGGGCCUUAAAGAUCAAAGGAAAAACGGACUGGACUGGAAAUGGAAUAACUCUUGGAACUUUUAAACUUUUUAUUAUUUUUAUAUUUUAAUCUUAAAAAUAUUUGGCAUUUAAAUCUGGUGUUCUUGUUGUAUAAAAUAAGCUUAAAAUGAUACAUAUAUAUAUAUACAAAUAUUUUAUAUAUUUAACGGCAAAAAAAUAAAAAAACAAAAACAAACUAAAAACUUA